CAGAACUACAGCACCCAGCAUGCACUCUGAAACGCUGUUCUUUUCUCCGGUACAAGGGUCGGUAAGCCCUGAAAGCUGGCUGUGGAGAUCCUCAGAACAGGGAGCCUGGGCCAAAGGGGACCCUCCAAAGUCUGGACCUGGCUCAGCCACCAUCUCUCCAUCUGCUCAGACCCCUCACACCAGCAUGUGCACCGGGAAGCCCAGAUUUGGGGAAGGAUGUCACCAGACGUGUUUAAAUACCUGCAGGGAGCAGCAUGGGUCGGCUUGAUGGGAAGGUAAUACUGCUGUCUGCAGCCGCACAAGGGAUUGGACGAGCAGCCGCUAUAGCUUUUGCAAAAGAGGGAGCAAAGGUCAUUGCUACAGACAUCAGUGAGUCCAAGCUACAAGAACUGGAGGAGUAUUCAGGCAUUCAAACACGGUUGCUGGAUGUCACCAGCAGAGAACAAAUAGAAAAUCUGGCCAAGGAGAUUGAAAGGAUUGAUGUCCUCUGUAACGUUGCAGGUUUUGUCCAUCACGGAACCAUUCUGGAGUGUGAGGAGACAGACUGGGACUUCACAAUGAACCUCAACGUUCGCAGCAUGUAUCUAAUGACCAAGACGUUCCUUCCAAAGAUGCUUGCGAAGAAAUCUGGAAACAUUAUCAACAUGUCUUCUGUGGCAUCCAGCAUUAAAGGAGUUGUAAAUCGAUGUGUCUAUAGUACUUCAAAGGCAGCAAUUAUUGGUCUAACCAAGUCCAUAGCUGCUGAUUUCAUUGGACAAGGCAUCAGAUGCAACUGCAUAUGUCCGGGAACUGUUGACACUCCAUCUCUACAUGAGAGGAUCCAAGCCAGGCCCAACCCAGAACAGGCCCUGAAAGACUUUCUGGCUAGACAGAAGACUGGUAGAAUGGCUACUGCUGAAGAAGUGGCCCACCUCUUUGUGUAUCUGGCCUCUGAUGAAUCUGCCUACAUGACUGGCAAUGAGCUUAUCAUUGAUGGAGGCUGGAGCUUGUGACUUACGAAACUUUCAGCUGAAGUUUUCAAUGGAAAUUCAUAGUAUGAAAGGCAAAUAAUGAAGAGAUUAUCACAUGUCUCUACUAAUAUAGUUUGCACCAUUUUAAUGACUAAAAUGAUUGACCUUCAAAUAAAAGUCAGUGUAUUUGCACAGA